AUGCGGGGCCGGCCUUCUAAUUUCAAGAAUUUUGGGGGCGGGCCACCUUCUAACCGACGCCGCGGCAUUUCCCGAUCAGCUCGCAGCAGCUCGGACGGGGCCAGGAAGUCCUUGAGGGGCCGGCGGGGCGGGGCCGGCGGGGCCGGAGGGGCGGGGCGCUCCCGCCAAUUUCGGGCCACCGGCCGCUCUGGGAGCUGUUCUCGCGAGAACUCGCGGGCGGCGCGCAGCUCCGGGCAGUGCCCUUCCCGGGCCGGCGUCGGCGGCGCAGUGCGCAGGCGCGGCCGGCGGGUUUCCCCGGCUACUUUGGAUUCCUUUCUCCUGAAUCACAGUCUGGAGUACACAGUGGCUGCUCUUUCUUCUUGGAUAGAAUUCACACUUGAAAAUAUCUUUUGGCCAGAACUGAAGCAGAUCACCUGGCUCAGCACCAUGGGGCUGCUGAUGGUGGUCUUUGGAGAGUGCCUGAGGAAGGCUGCCAUGUUCACAGCUGGCUCCAACUUCAACCACGUGGUGCAGAAUGAAAAGUCAGACACCCACACUCUGGUGACAAGCGGAGUAUACGCAUGGUUCCGGCACCCUUCCUACGUGGGGUGGUUUUACUGGAGUAUUGGGACUCAGGUGAUGCUGUGUAACCCCAUCUGCGGUGUCGUUUAUGCCCUGACAGUAUGGCGAUUCUUCCGUGACCGGACAGAGGAAGAAGAAAUAUCACUGAUUCACUUCUUUGGAGAGGAGUACCUGGAGUAUAAAAAGAGGGUGCCCACAGGUCUGCCUUUCAUAAAGGGAGUCAAGGUGGAGCUAUGAUGGGCGGGGGCCUCGAGGGACCACGGGCCACUGGCCCCAUGUAGCCCAGGACAAAACUGCUUUCAUUGGCCCCUGAGGAAUGAAUUUUCUUAAUUAUUUUGUAUGUCACUAAUUACUGUUCUGGAUGUCACCCCAAGACCAAAUGGUCAGAAGGCCUUAGGACCAAAGGACCCCCUGGAGCAAUCCGUUCUUUUGCUGAAUCAAGGCAGGACAUAGAUUAAUAAUGAACAAGAAACAAACUACAGCAAUAUUCAUCCGUGCCCCUUCUCAAGUGCCCUGGUGAGAAUCCAGGCCACAGUCCAGUGCCCUGAGGCCAGAGUGUAUUUGCUAUUUGCGUUGUCCCAGGUCUCCCCAGGAGAGGCGGAUGCUGCUGCUGCAGAGCUUCUGCUGCAGAAACAGUGGUGGGUGUGUCGCUGCUUAUCAGCAUUAAAAAAUGUGUUGAAAACCUUUAAUUUAACACAAACAACAGCACAGCUUUAACCUCUUUAUUCUGUCCUUAUGCAUGAACAUCUAUAUAAUUCUAAUGAUACUUCCUUAUAUGACACUUUGGCUCUUCAUACAUUUAAUCGUAUUUACACAGCUAUUUUUUAUAAAUAGCAGCAUAAAUUCAAAGGAGCUUACUUGGUAUUUCUAGUUCUAGCUUUGAUCUGGCAGCAAGUAGGCACAGCCCUCUCUGAUUUGGCUGUGUAGCACUGUGUGACCUUGGGCACCCCAGGCCAAGGGACUGUGGGCCCUUGGGCUUUCCUGGAGUUUUGGUUCCUGCUCUCCUGCUAUUGUGACAGGCAAGUCA